AUGUCGACUUCAGAUCCCGAAAAGCACGCUUCCACCUCACCAGACACCAUCUCUCCUCCCGUCUCUUCUACCCAACUAGACGAGAACUAUGAAGUCUACAAAGCCAGCAAAGAGCUACAAGCCGAUCCUGCCGAGAUCAAGCGCGUGCUUCGAAAGAUUGAUUUUCGUAUCAUUCCAAUCCUCUUCGUGACAUACAUGUUGCAAUAUCUGGACAAGAACUCGAUCAAUUUUGCUAGCGUGUACGGUUUGAAGGCUGGGACAAAUUUAAAGGGACAGGACUAUUCGUGGCUCGGAUCCAUUUUCUACUUUGGAUAUCUAUUCGCGCAGUUUCCAGCAGGAUACUUCCUUCAGCGUCUCCAAAUCGGCAAAGUCCUCUCACUCACCACCAUCGCCUGGGGAAUCAUUCUCAUCACGACUCCAGCAUGCAUCUCUUUCGCCGGAAUGGCAACGAAUCGCUUCCUCCUGGGAGCCCUCGAAGCUGCAAUCAAUCCUGGUUUCGUGCUCCUCAUGUCAAUGUGGUACACAUCUGCCGAACAACCUCUCCGCCUCGAAAUUUACUACUGCACAAACGGAAUAGCGACCAUGUUUGGCGGCCUGAUCGGCUACGUAGUCGGACAUAUCACGACCGGCCUCCCAAGAUGGAUGUACGUCUUCUUGAUCUUCGGAUCGAUCUCCAUAGCAUGGGGUAUUGUCUCCCUCAUCUUCCUCCCCGACAACAUCUCAACCGCCAAAUUCCUCACCGAGCAUGAACGCAGCAUUGCCGUCAACCGCGUAGCAGCAAACAGACAAAGUGUGAAGAACAAGCACUUCUCGACCUACCAAGCCAUUCAGACAGUCAAAGACCCCAAGACAUGGAUUCUGUUCGUCAUGGCUGUUGGUGCCCAGGUACCUAACUCUGCUUUGACGAGUUUUGCCAGUAGCAUCGUGGGCAGUUUUGGAUUCGACACAUUGGGCACGCAGUACCUGCAAAUCCCAGGUGGCGCCGUGCAGUUCCUUGCAUUGAUCACAGGAGGAUGGGUAUGCACGAAGUGGCCGGCCAAUAUUAGAUGUCCGACUAUGAUCUUCGCGAACUCGGUCUGUAUUCUUGGGGCAGGGUUGUUGGUUGGUCUUCCCAACGACAAUAAAUGGGGACGACUGGUUGCGCUGUGGUUGUGCUAUUUCCAGGGGUUGGGAUUCAGUCUGAGUUUGAUAAUGGUGAGCAGUAACGUGGCAGGGUACACAAAGAAGCAGUUGACCGGCGCCGUCCUAUUCACCGGAUACUGCAUUGGGAACAUCAUUGGGCCACAGACCUUUCUUGAUAGUGAGAAGCCCGGUUACCACAGUGCCUACAUCGCCAUGCUGGUGGGCUAUUCAGUCAAACUAGCCGCAGUCAUCGUCCUCUACAUCCAUAUGUGGAGAUCUAAUAAGUCGCGAGACGCAGCACAGGCCGCGAGAGGGAAGCUAUCUGAAGAGGAGGAACGGGCGGCUAUCGAGAAAGGCAUGCUGGAUAUCACGGAGAUUGAUAACCCAGGCUUCAGGUACGCAUUGUGA